ACGACCAUGACCACACCCGAAGUCUCUGGCAAAGAAAAAGGAAGAGUUAUAGAUCCAGACACCAACACAAUACGAAUCACCACGAGCGGUAAAAUCAAGGGAUGGGUCAAUCACGCGCUCGUGUUCUUUGAGAACCACGAAAGCACACCUCUGGUUCUUCAUACGCUUCCUUCCGCUCCAAAAAGUGUCACGACAGACGAAGUUCCAACGGGAACCGCAAAAUCCAUUCCCGAACGCAAUGCAAGCAAGCUCCCCGUCCCGACUUCAACCGUACCGCGCCUACUCACGGUGGUGGAAAUCAUCAAACGCGAAUAUCUAAAGAACCUGGAGGCAAAGUCGUCCGCUCUUCUACUCGGAUUGCACCAAUACAACGAGAUCGGUGUGCUGGCUGGGCCCGAGGAGGAAGGGGAGUUGGUCGAGGAGGCCGACGCACGUCGGUCACGCGAGAUCAUUGCUGUCCUCGAGGGAAAGAAUCAUGUACAGGACAAGCCCCGUAUUCCCUACAUGCGAAUAACGCUUUGCCGAGAGAAGUUACCUCAUCUGGAGCUUGCUGCGACGUAUCAGCCGCCCUCAGUUAGAAAGAUAUCGAAAUCUGCUAAAGCACGAGCUAGAAAACGCGAGAAGAAGGCUGAGCAAGACGGAGUGGCUGAUCAGAGUCCGAGAAGGUUCUGUGAGCUCGGGGAGCUGAAAGCACGCGAAAGGUGGUUGGCUGGUCAGUGCUGCUUCUUGGUUGCCCGUCGUUAUGCGCUCCGGCUGCGAUACUCUCCGGAUUGGAUACCGUCUUGUAAGCUCGAGAACAGGGACAUAUGCCCGCCGCAUCUCGAGGACUACGCCUGCUGCGACACGAGCAAGGUUCUCGACGUAGUGCGAAUCAAGGAUGGCGUGAAAGUGGUGCUCAAGCGCAUGAACACACGCGAGCCGGAGCUUCUUAUGCACAAAACGUUCGGUCAGGAACUUUUGAAACAAGAACCCGGCGAGACGAACUGAACUGUGCUUGUGCUGGACCUCAUACCUGUCGCAGACGACGACGAAAUAGCUAUCAUCGUCAUGCAUUUCCUGCAUGCAUUCGACAGGUUGUUCUUCAAACACUUUGUGGAGCUUUUAGACCCAUUCUAUUAAAUCUAACAUGUGAGCACUCCCGUCGUGGAUUGUUUUCUGACCGUCGGUAUUUUGUUUACAGGGCUUAAAUUUCAUCCAUUCGCAACUGAAGUAUUGGUCGCGGGUAGCGACGAUUCAUACGCCUUCUGAUACCUGAU